AUGCUUGUCCUUACCUUGCUCUUUGCCCUCCCGCUGGGCCUAGCAGCGGCCCAGCUCAUCGGCCCUGUAGGCCCAAUCACUUCUCUCUCCAAGAAGAAAAUCGCAUGUAAUAUCCUCAGCUAUGGUGCUGUCGCUGACAACACCACCGACAUCUCGACGUCCCUCGAGACAACAUUUAAUGACUGUGUCCGACCCAACCCCGGCAGCAGACUCAUUGUCCCCGAGGGGCAAUACCUGAUCUCCCGCGGCGUUGUGCUCAGCAACGCGACCAAUUGGGCAUUUCAGCUGGAUGGCCUCAUCACGGCAGCAUAUGGGGGAAACUGGACCAUUGAUCGUGCGUUGAUCCUUGAGGGUUUGGCCGGUGCAGAUGUUCUAAAUGUUACCAUUAAUGGGGAGGGUGACCAGAAGUUUUUGUUAGAUGUCUUGGUCAUUGUCAAUGCCGUCGAUUUCGAGUUCUACUCAUCCAAUGGUCUCGGUGCCUUCCAAGGCCAAGGAUACCUCUACCGGAAUCUGAACAACACCGAUCGACCCCGUCUCGUCCGUUUGAUCUCGCCAACGAAUGCCUCCGUUCAUGACCUGAUCCUGGUCGACAGCCCGAAAUUCCACAUUGUGCUGGACUUUGCCGUCAACGUUGAAGCAUACCAUCUUACCAUCCGGGGGGCGAAUCUCGGCAGUUACGAUGGUAUUGAUGCAAUCGGCACCAACUAUCACAUUCACGAUAAUGAGGUAUGUUAUUACCGCUCCUUUGAUGGCCUAGCUGACCGUCAGGUCACCAACCGCGACGAAUGCGUCUCCGUCAAGAGUCCCUCCCACCAUGCCUUGGUCGAAAACCUGGUCUGUAAUCAGGCCGGCUCGGGGGUCUCCAUCGGCAGCCUCAACGUCUCCGCCGAGAUAUCAAACAUAGUCGCGCAAAACAUCAGCAUCAUCCAGGGGAACAACAUUGCCUUCAUCAAGACCUACCCCGGUGGCUCCGGCUACGUGACCAAUGUCACCUUUGCCAACUUCCGCUCCAAAGCAAGUCUGUACGGGUUGAACAUCAACCAGUACUGGCAGAACACGUUCGAGCCAGACACGGGGUCAGUCGCGUUGAGCAAUCUUGUCUUUAGAAACUUUUCAGGCUCCGUAGCAAACGGCGUCCAACGUCCACCGCUCUACCUCAUCGCCAACGACCUCACAUACGCCACCAACGUUACCGUCAAGGACUUUACCGUCUGGACCGAGUCCGGCAGCAGCGUCGUCAAUAAGAUCAACAAUGUCUUUGGCGAAGGCGAUGACUCCUACGGUCCAAACAAUGGACUCGUCUCCCUUGGUGCUGCGGAACAACCACAUACAUAUACGAGCACGUACACAAUCACCGCCUCGCCAACGGGAUGGGUCGCGCCGGGUUUACCGGCCUGGGCGGCGCCGAGCACGGGCUACGGAACUGCGUCGCCCAUUCCGGUUUAUACGCCGAAGCCUCUGUGGAGGCCUGGCGGGGUGGACUAUGAUUUGCAUUACUGGGGGGGUUUUUAG